GUAGGCGGGAUACUUGUAGUUGGACGGGAAAUACGUCGAGUUUUUUCUGCUAAAACAUUUGCUACUGAAUUACUCUCUCGAAAGAUUCCCAGUUAAGAGGACAGACCUUGAGAUAGGAGCCAAAGUAUCGAGUGACGUGAGGAGAGUCACACUGAGACAGAAUGGAGAUUUCUUGCUGGAUGUCUUCGAUUUCAUCGUCUGCUGCUUCCAGGUCAAUGAUCUUGAUUGCUACCACGCGACUACUUCGCUGGUCGAUGCCUUUAUACACUUCUCCAAAGUUCCCUUUCCCAAUCUUGUCUUGUCUUGUGAAUAUCUUCUCCGGGUCAGACAGUGCCCUUGACCCAGUACUGAGUCUGAACACUUUGGCCGCCAUUUGUGCGUCGAACUGCUGCUCCUCUGCUGGCUUUUCCUAACAGAUGGACUGGCUGGAAUCCUCUAUUUGUGUGUGUCUCUCUCGCUUCUCCCUAAGAAAAUCAGGCGACGUGUGUGGCGGCGCACUUUGACCUGCUGGAAAAAACAAGAUUACGUCACUUUUUUCGCAGGCAGCUAGCUGUAUGAAGCUGAAACGCUUUCUUCUCCGCUACUACCCUCCAGGGAUUAUUCUGGAAUAUGAGCAGGGAGGAGAGACUCGAUCAAAGUGUAUCGACCUCCUAGAUCUGAGACCAGAGUCAGAUGUGGGAGAGCUGGUGAGUGAGAUUUGCACCAGAGAACCACUUGUGACUCUUAGCAAGGCGGAGCAACUGGCUGGACUUAUCAGAAAGCUGCAGGGUAAACUGAGUGAGUCUCAUGAGACGCAGUUCCAGCUGUUCAAAGAGGUGAGGACUCAUCUCCUUCCUCUCACCAACAUCGCCAUCAACAAAUCUGGAUCUUGUUUCAUUACAGGUAGCUAUGACAGGACAUGCAAAGUAUGGGGAGGAGAGAGUGGGGAAGAGCUACUGACACUGGAGGGCCACAAGAACGUGGUCUACACUGUCGCCUUCAACAACCCAUAUGGGGACAAGAUAGCUACUGGAUCGUUUGACAAGACCUGCAAGUUAUGGAGUGCGGAGUCCGGAACCUGUUACCAUACCUACCGCGGACACACUGGGGAGAUAAUCUGUCUCACCUUUGACCCCCUGAGUACGAUGAUAGCGUCGGGCGGUAUUGACGCAACAGCUAGACUGUGGAGCGUGGAGCACGGCACUGAGCUGGCCACACUAGCUGGGCAUUCAUCAGAGGUGAUAUGUGUCCACUUCAACAACUCUGGGUCUCAGGUGGCCAGUGGUUCAUUUGACCACACUGCCAUCAUAUGGGACACCCACACAGGGAGGUCGGUUCACUCCCUGCUAGGUCACAGAGGAGAGAUAUCCAGUGUGGCGUUUGACUAUGGAGGAAACACUGUUGCCACUGGCUCAAUGGAUAAGACCUGCAAGAUAUGGGACAUUCGCUCCGGCCAGCUUAUCACCACUCUCAGGGGUCACAAGGACGAGGUGUUGGAUGUGGCGUUUGACUCGACUGGUCAGCAACUGGUGACUGCUUCAGCUGAUGGAACUGCCUGUGUGUUCAACACAACUACACUCAACUGUGUCCACAGACUCCAGGGCCACCAGGGAGAGAUCUCUAAGGUCCCACACACUCUCUCUCACACACACUGCAUCUACUACUACUAUUAUACUGUACAUAUGUAAUCAGCAUUACCCUCUUCGGGGAAGUUGCAUCCUAUACUGUAAGGAGGUCAAUCACAUCUGAUAAAUCUGGAUGCUCAAUAGACGCCUGGAAAUUUGUUCUGCCCAUGCCCAUUAUUCCACUGAGUCAGUGUCCAUUAUUCACCUGUAACGUAAAGUGUGCCUUUGCUCUCUUUUGCCUCUCCUGGUAGGUGUCAUUUAACGCCCAGGGGUCUCGGAUCCUGACUGCUAGUGGAGACAAGACAGCCAAACUCUGGGACUCUGCCACUGGACUCUGUCUACAGACUCUGGGUGGGCACGGGGAAGAGGUUCUCGGCUCUCUGUUCAACUACCAGGGAGACCAAAUCAUCACCGCCAGCAAAGACAACACCUGUCGUCUCUGGAGAUGAUGAUGUAAUAAACCUGUUUCAUUUGGCACGGCAACCCCAUCACCUUACAUGUUGUUUUGUAUGGCACAAUUAAAUCCAGUGUAACGCAUGCGCUUUAAUUUUUGCGUACUAUUUUAGUACUACCACAUGCGCUUAAUUUUUGUUCGCGUUUUGCGUGCAUCAAAGAUGUUCGAGCUUCGGCUUGGCGUGCUUCGCGGAGAGAAGGUCGUCUGUGGUUCUCUGUGUGUGGAGGUGGAGGAGGAGGUCACGUGCAGAGAGCUCGUGGACCAACUAAAGGAGGUGGGGUUGCUGAGCGGUGCUGCAGAAAGGGGGGCGUGGCACCUCGUCGAGCGCUGGAACGGCUGCGAACGGCAACUGGGAGAUGGGGAGAAGGUA